AUGGUGGUGGAGUGGUCGUUGUUGGCGUUUGAUCAUGUGCAUGUGUACGGCAACGAUUUCUAUGCCGUCGGCGUAGGGGCCCUCAAGGUGGUCGUGGGCGAGCAGGGCGACAUUUGCGGCAACACCUGCGAGGACGGGUCUUGCUCGUUGACCGGCGAGGCCCUGUCUGGCAUCACAACCUCGUGGGACCAGGCAUGCGACGGCAUCGCCACCACCACCACUACUACCUCCUCGUCCCCCUCCUCCUUUAGCUCCAGCACUUCAGUGACCAGCCGCAGCAGCAGCAGCGCCAGCGCCAGCGCCAGCAGCAGCAGCGGCGGCGGCAGCGGCCGCGGAGACGGUUCUGCCUCAUACGAGAGCGAUGAUGACGACGACGACGACGGUUCUGGGUUCGUGACGCCGCUGUCCGAAGAUGACNCGGGCAGUGAUGACGACUUCGACAGCGACGACGAGUCCAACAACGACGACUCUGACGACGGUUCCGGAGACGACUACGGCGACGACUUCGACAGCGACGACGAGUCGGAGCGGCGCGAUCGCCGCCGCUUGAGGGGCGGCACCGGCCGGGCCUCCUAGGCGGGGUUCGACAGCGACGACGAGUCGGAGCGGCGCGAUCGCCGCCGCUUGAGGGGCGGCACCGGCCGGGCCUCCUAGGCGGGGCUAGAGCUCAUGCACGGUGGCGGCCGCAGCGAUGCGGUCUAGCCUCUGGUCGUGCCGAUGGCUGCGAAACAAAAAACCGUAGUCAACGGGUAGCUCUGUUGGUCGGAGAGCUUUGCAGGCAUCGCAGAACACGCUACGGUCUGUGUUCUGUGUGGGUAUUGAUAGAAUGAAUAAGGCUUGGACCCAGGGCGAUUUGUUUUGUCAACGUGGCUCGAGCGAUGCGUCGAACGGGGCAAUGUCAAUACUCCGACGCAGCCGGGACAACAAAUUCAAAUCCUGGGGGCAGUCAUGGAGCUACAAUUAGGAGGGGGGAAGGGGGUAUGGGGCACAACGUGUUUGUUUUUUUUCUGUUGUGUUGGAGAGGACAAAUUCCAGUUUCUUUUUUAUCAUAUUUUUUUCGGGGGCUCGGGGGCGGGGGGGGGGGGGGGGGGGGGGGGGGGGGGGGGGGGGGGGGGUCCCGUUACUGAGGUCCACAGUUAUAGAGCUUUUCCCGCCAAGCGUCGAAAGCGCUCUACACUUUCUCACGCUGUUUGAUUUUUUAACAAUACAGCAAACGCUCUAGAAUUCGUGAUGAUUGUUUCCGUUGGUCUCUCAUAUAGCAGCAUGUUGGAAUAUUGAGGUGAAUUUCAGGCUCGCCCACCUCGCGAUGCUCCCGUUCCAAAAGAGCGAAGUGUGACACGUUUCAGCCAUGAAGUUCGGGAAACGCCAGUCCAUCGAUCGGUUGAUCCACCAGUACAUAACAACCGUGGUUCGUAGUGUCAUGUUGAUAUGACCGACAGGGUCAUUUUGUAAGGAAUUCUUUGCGGCUCCCCCGGGGAGCGGCUGGUUGUGAGUGUCGACAAGUUACUCCGUCUUUUGAAGCGUGCUUGAUAGACCUUUGUUGCAGUGGUGAGAUGCAGGCUUCGGAAGAGUGCUGGUGCCCCUGCGCGAUCCAUGCAGUAGCCGUGUGUGCGGGGCAUGUUCCGUAUGAUUACGUAUCAGGGCGGGGGGGUUCAGGAGUUUGUGGUAAGAGAGUAAGGGCGGGAGAAGUGGUGGGGGGGAGGUCGACAGCGUUGGACGUUGCUUCCGUAGACUCGAUACCGCAUCAUCAGUAUUGCUGUUUGAGAAACUCAUCGUUCGUCCUGCUGAUCAAAGGGGACUGUUGCUUGGUCUUCAAAUACGAGAUUUUCUUUUUUUGUGUGUGUUGUGUCGUGUGCCGUGCCAAGGCCGGCGGGAUUUUGGGUUUUGUUGUUGUGAGGACGUUUUUCUGUUGUGGUAGGUCGUGCGGAGGUUUGGCGGGUGGGGGUAUAUCCAUUUUCGGUUGUUUCAGAUCUCGAGCGCUACUCUACCAUCUAGAGCUUUCCGCCCGCACGCUCGCGCCCGUAGUCGUGCGGCGUGGGUCGUGUUGUCAAUAUUGUCUUGCCCGGUUUUCGCCCGGGUGUCGUGCGGGGGUGUUGUUGUGAUGAGGGGAAAUGGGUACGUCCGACGGUCGGUCAUGGUUUCUACUCGUGGGUGUCAUAGCAGAACUCUGCUACUACUACUGCAGCUUGCAGCCACACAUGCAUACAUAUUGUAGAUGUGGAAUGGAAGGAAACCAUAUCCCCUAGCGUAGCGUGUGCGUCGUUUGCAACGUUUUACAACAACAGUAGCCAAGCUUCAUGGUUCUGAUACCCGAGCCUGUCCGACGGUCAGUGGGGGUAGAAGACUUGGGACGACUGUCGAUUUUGGUGAGCAUACCAUGCUACUGGUGAUGAGGUCGUCGUCUGUGUGCUACAGCGGUCAGCCUGUAGCUGAGAGAUAAUGAACGGCGAAAUUUAUCGCUUGGGUAGGAAUGACUCCACGGGGAGAUGGUAGGUUGUAGAAAUAUUGGAGUUGUAGGAACGGCUGUAGGAAUGAACAUCAUGACGGACCAGGCUACUGUAGCAACAUGGCGGCAGCAAUAGCACCGCCAGAACGGGGUCAAAGGACCCCUUUAAUCGGAGGACCAGGAGGCUGUCAUGUAGGCCUGUACAUUCGAGCGAAGUUUUGGGGUGUACUUAAUUUUGUUGCUGGAAAACGGGCGUGUGUGUGCUCCGUGCCUGUUUUCUUUUCCAUGGUUGACGGGUGGGUGUGCUGUUGUCCCGGCGGUGUUUUUUAUUCUCCCUUUGUUGUUUUGUUUGUUGUGAUGGUGUUGUGUCUUGUUGGAUAUUGUUGUUGGUAUUGCUGCUGUUCGUGGCACUGCUCUGCGCGGCUCGAUGAUGAUAUGACCUUGUGCUCGUUGAUUCUGGGGUAUGAAACAAACCAGAGAACGCAGCGUAACCAGUCGACGUGGUACUUGAGGCGGCUUUCGAUGUUCAAUUCAAAGCAUGAACUGCAGUAUCAAGGAAACUCGUUGUCCGUGU